AUGGAACACUUAGAAUACACCAACGAACUCACACAGGGGAGAAACCAUUUAAAUGUAUUGAAAGGGGGAAGAGCUUCAGUCAAAAUGGAACACUUAGAAUACACCAACGAACUCACACGGGGGAGAAACCAUUUGAAUGUAUUGAAUGUGGAAAACGUUUUAGUCAAUAUGUACACCUUAGAAAACAUCAACGAACUCACACGGGGGAGAAACCAUUUAAAUGUAUUGAAUGUGGAAAUAGCUUUAGUAGAAGUGAACACCUUAGAAUACACGAAGGAACUCACAUGGGGGAGAAACCAUUUAAAUGUAUUGAAUGUGGAAAGUGCUUCUGUCAAAAUGGAACACUUAGAUUACACCAAUGAACUCACACUGGGGAGAAACCAUUUAAAUGUAUUGAAUGUGGAAAGAGCUUCAGUCGAUAUGGACACCUUAAAAGACACCAACGAACUCACAUGGGGGAGAAACCAUUUAAAUGGAUAG